AUGCCCCUGUUUUCUCGCUCCCCCCUCUCUCCCGCCACCCUCAUUACCAUCCUCAUCUCUACCACUGUUCUCCCGUCCACACUUGCCGAGCGCAAGAUCACAGUCAACAACAAAUGCUCCUCCACUUUGUACCUCGCCGUAGGCGGCCAGGGUGGUAACGUUACCAAAUCUGACGGCUCAGCCCAGCCAGGCGGAUGGGAACAAGAGCCUGGAGAGUAUACUUUCAUUGCGCCAGAUGGCUGGAACAAUGCGAGGAUAUGGGCGAGGACGGGUUGCGAAAAGAGUGGGGACUCGUUGGACUGCGUCAUCGGUGCAUGUACGGCUGGGACUGUUGAAUGGUCAUUUGGAACUGCUGGCGCUACACUCGCUGAAUUUACAUUGAACGGUUACUCGGGACAAGAUUCAUAUGACAUCUCCAUAGUGGAUGGCUAUAACCUUCCGAUAACCAUAACGCCAUCCGACUCUUCCUGCACCAAAAGUUCUUGUGGCGCAGAAACCGAUAUACUGACGCAAUGUGAUCCUUACCUUGCUUACCCCCAAGGUAAUGACAAGAUUUACAGCUGCAAUUCGCCCUGUGGUAACAGCUUCCAAUUUCAGGAUCUCACGAGCGGAGCUUUCAUCAGCGCAGACACCGACAACUCUCCUGUAUGCUGCAGGCAGGGUGGCGAAGGCGUCGCCUCUGAAGACUGUCCCAACACCUAUAUCCCAUUCUACAAGACAAUGAAGAGCAUGUGUCAGAAUGGCUACGUUUACGCCGACGAUGAUCUAUAUGAAGGCGCCGUGUUCUCUUGUGCCGGCACAGAUGACCUGUCUUACACAGUGACGUUCUGCCCCUCAAGAGAUGGGGCCGGCCUUGACCCUCCAUCUCUCUCCUCUGCUUCUUCCCAAGACUCUUCACCCGGUGACAACACGGGUAAUCUCAAGAAUGCAUCGGGCGAGGCAAGCAUCUGGGCCUCGGGUGUCACAGGGACGCCAAUAAGCUCUAUCGCUGGGGCUUCUGAUGGGUUGAGUGCCAGCACGAGUAGUGCGAUGAGCGCUGGAGCAAGUUCAGGGGUGGGGUCGGCGGCUGUGAGUUGGACUGGAGGUGUAUUGAGUGAUGCCGCUUCCAGUACUCUCGCCGCGGGUGGUACCUCCAUUUCCGACAUUGCAGCAUCCAGCGCUAUGGCCUCGUCUGGAUCAGCGGUUGCGACAACCUCCGCUGGUGCUGCAGCAGCCACAGCAGCCAUCAGCCCAGUAUCCUCUUCUGCAGCUGCCGCCGUGGACCCAGCUUUAUCCUCUGCUGCUGCCGUAGACCCGGCCGCGUCCUCUGUCGCCGUGCCGGCUUACUCUUCCACAGCCUGGGGUGGUGGCGGUGCUGGAGGCGGAGGCCACUCGGGCGGAGGAUGGAUUGGCGCCAUUCAGGUGGCCACCUCUUCCCCCGCACCUGUUGCACCGGUAUCUACCAGCGUGCCUGCUGAGGGAGUAACGACAACGUACACGUCAGACGGAGACGUCUAUGUGCAGGUGAACGUGGUUGAGACGCAGGCCGUUCAGGGGAGGAAUUUGGAUGGUAUGGGUUCCUUGAAGGGAAAGAGAUGGCUCGAGGAGAGGGAUAUUGAGUGA